AUGAGCUUCUCCGCCAAGCCUCAGCCACUCGCCCUCAUCUCAUGCACGCCUCACUCCCGCUCCCUCCGCCGCGACUUCGUCGGAUGCCCCCACACCCUCCGCCCCCUCGCCGGCGGCCUCCGCUCCCUCCGCAAGAAUCGCAACCUCGCCGGCGCCGGCGGACGUCAGAAUCCUCCGUCGAGGUUGCUGAUUAAAGCGUCGCUGAACUCUCACUCGAUUCUGGUGUUUGUCGCCGUGGUGACGUUCUCGGCGGUGUCCGUUGUGUACUUGAACCGGUGGUUGAAGCCGAAGAAGAAGAGCAGUAAUAGUGCUCCGGUUGGAGAAGAUGGACGUAUUGAUUUUGAUGCGUUGAAGGAUGAGAUUAGAGAGGCGAGGAAGGAGGAGGGAGAGGUUCAGGUGCUGCAGUUUCACAACUCGUCUGUGAUUUCUGCGCAGGAGUCUCUUUCGCCGCUGGUGUUUGAGUCCACGGCGGUGCUUCAGCCGCUGCGCUUCCCCAAAGAGGUGACCGAGUUUGAUAAAAUCGACUCGCUUUUCGAGCUGCCGAAUCUGAUGGGCGACUCUGAUUUUGGCUCUGUGACUGUAACUGAUGAUGAGGAGGAGGAAAUCGUCACUGAGUCACCUUCUGUGUCUGGAAAUGAUGAGGAGAGUGUUGAAGUUGGUGAAGCUAAUGGCUUUCGUUUUCUUAAUGGAGAAUCGGUGAGAGAAGAGAUUCACAUGUUCUAUGAGGCCGAGAAGAAUGAGAUGAAGUUGGAUGAGAAGAAGUUCUCUUCGUUUCUGAGAAAUAACACCCUCACAAGAUCAGAUUCCUUUGGACAAGUUUCCCAUCAGAUUACUACAGAGAAUGUAAAAGGCAAAAUGCCUAAUCACAAAGAAGGCCAUGUCCGAAGCAGAGGAGACUUGGGAAACGGCAAUGGAUAUGUAGCUGAUACAGAACUAAGACAUUUGGCUAAAAAGAACUCUAAGACUGUGCCUCAACCAAAUGGAAUACAGACAAGUGACACACAUUAUAUUUCCGAGCAAUUAAGUGCUUAUCAUCGUUUGCUGAAGGACGGGAGGUUAUCCGACUCUUUAAGGUUGCUUGAAGAUUUGGAGAAAAAGGAUUUGUUGGAUAUGAAUAAGGUUUAUCAUGGAAGGUUUUUUGAAACCUGCAAGAAGAAAAAAGCUGUUGAUCAAGCUUUUCGUUUCAUCAAACUUAUUCCAAAUCCAACAAUGAGUACAUAUAAUAUGCUUAUGUCUGUCUGUGCGAGUUCUCAAGAUUCAGAGGGAGCUUUCAAUGUUCUGGGACUUGUCCGGGAGGCUGGGCUGAGAGUUGAUUGCAAACUUUACACCACUCUGAUAUCAACAUGUGCUAAAAGUGGAAAAGUCUACACCAUGUUUGACGUUUUCCAUGAGAUGGUUAGUGCUGGAGUAGAACCAAAUGUACACACAUAUGGGGCACUGAUCGACGGAUGUGGUAGAGCUGGGGAAGUGGCAAAGGCAUUUGGUGCCUAUGGGAUAAUGAGGUCUAAGAAAGUGAAGCCAGAUCGAGUUGUAUUCAAUGCGCUUAUUACUGCAUGUGGUCAAUCAGGAGCAGUUGACCGUGCUUUUGAUGUCUUAGAAGAAAUGAAGGCAGAGACACAACCUAUAGAACCUGACCACACAACUAUUGGUGCACUGAUAAAAGCAUGUGCAAAUGCUGGCCAGGUUGAAAGGGCACGAGAAGUGUAUAAGAUGAUUCAUAAGUACAAGAUUAAGGGCACUUCUGAGGUUUACACCAUAGCCGUUAAUUGUUGCAGCCAGACUGCUGAUUGGGAGUUUGCUUGCACUGUAUAUGACUACAUGAAAAAGAAUGGUGUGACCCCUGAUGAGGUGUUCCUCAGUGCAUUAAUAGAUGUUGCUGGGCAUGCUGGAAAGCUAGAUGCUGCCUUUGAAAUCAUACAGGAUGCAAGUAAUCGAGGAAUACAAGUUGGAACUGUAUCAUAUAGCUCAUUGAUGGGUGCCUGUAGCAAUGCCAAAAAUUGGCAGAAAGCACUGGAGCUCUAUGAGGAUCUUAAGUCUGCUAAAAUUGAGCAGACUGUUUCAACUAUCAAUGCUUUGAUUACGGCCCUGUGUGAUGGGGAUCAACUACAGAAGGCUAUGGAAGUUCUGUCGGAAAUGAAGAGCAUAGGACUGCGUCCAAACAGUAUAACAUACUCCAUACUUGUAGUGGCAAGUGAAAAGAAGGAUGAUCUAGAAGCUGGCUUGAUGCUCCUUUCCCAAGCUGAAAUGGAUAAAGUUGUUCCAAACCUCGUCAUGUGUAGAUGUAUUAUAGGCAUGUGUUUACGGAGAUCUGAGAAGGCAUGUACCCUUGGUGAACCUGUCUUGCCACUUGACUCAGGCCGACCACAAGUGGAUAGUAAAUGGUCAUCAGUGGCCUUAAUGGUCUACAGGAAAACUAUUGUAGCUGGUACCACUCCUACCAUUGAAAUUAUAUCACAAGUUUUGGGAUGCUUGCAGCUCCCUUACGAUGCAGCAUCGAAGAAUAGAGUUAUUGAGAAUCUUGGUGUAACGGCUGACAUGUCUAGAGCUUCAAAACUCUGUUCACUGAUAGAUGGGUUUGGUGAAUAUGACCCUCGUGCAUUUUCAUUACUUGAGGAAGCUGCUUCACUUGGAAUUGUUCCAUGUGUAUCCUUCAAAGCUAGUCCCAUUGUUGUUGAUGCAAAGAAGUUGCAACUUCAUACUGCUGAGGUCUACAUCUUGACUGUUCUGAGAGGUCUCAAACAUCGGCUUGCUGCUGGUGCCAAGUUGCCCAACAUGACCAUAUUACUGCCUGUAGAGAAGACACAAAUUUUGUCUCCCAAGGGGAAGUUGAAGACAAUCAACCUUUCAGGAAGGGUUGGUCAAUCAGUUGCAUCAUUAUUAAGAAGGCUUGGGAUAGAUUACCAAGGAAAUGAAUCACGUGGAAAGAUAAGAAUCAGUGGGUUAACCUUGAAAAGAUGGUUUCAACCAAAGCUUGCUUCACCAUUCACUGGGAAACUGGCAGAAUUAGGCUCAUCCCAGUUGCGUCUGGGGAAAGGAAUCAUGCAUCAGCAGCGCAAUAUUCGAACUGGAAACCUUUCCUUGGAUUGAGGCGCCAUGCAUGAGAUAGUGAAGCCACGGAGUAGUAUUUUUGAAGCAUCUAAUGCAUUUUUCCUAACUUCGGCUGAUGUUCCUAUACUUACCUGAAAUUGCUUUGAUUUUGGGAAAAAGAAGUUCAAAGCUGCUUACUUGCAUAGAGUUUAUAGAAGGGUAAUGACAGACAGCCGAGGAAUGGUAGUGUGAGGCAUCUACAUGCUCUGCAAAGCCAAUUUAUGCCAAAAGGGGUGAGAUGCAUGAAAUGAUAUCAGCAUUGUCAGCAUGAUUUCCACUGUGAAUUGUAUGUUUAACGGACUCUGCCAUUCCACUGUCUUUGUU